AUGGCCCAAUCUCAGCAAGAGCCUGGGGAGGACUGGAUGUUCCCUGUUGAUCCGGACCUCUUCUCCUUGGACUCCUUCGAGCAAGCAAACCAGAAACAGAACCUGUUUGACUGGUUCAGCGAUAUCGACAACGCGACAUACGGCAAUAUCGCAUUUGAUGAUCAGAAAGAUCAACCAGCCGAGGACGGCCUGCCCUCAAUCCCUUUUGACAUAGGAGAUUCCAUCCCUCGAAAUCUUCUGAACAAUGGGGAACUGGAACUCGAAAGCUAUUUUGGACUAGCUGAUACUAGUAUGCUUCCUGUUGCCAAUCCAGGCCUGCAAAUGGCCCAUCGACCGCCCACAGAUUUCGUUGCAAGGUACUUUGACCCUACGCUAGCAGCAUCGAACUGUGAUACUUCAGACUCUUGGGAAUACCAGAGCCAUACUCCAAUGACAACAGUCCCUCAAAGAUCUGAGCCGUGCCACGCCGAAGUCACGUCUCUGAACGCCUUCGUGGAUCCCAAUUCGAUCCUCAAACAUCUAGCAAUUGAGCAUGGGACUGUUGCUGGCGGGUCAUCUCAAGCAACUGAUUUGGACACACCUAAAAACAACGUUCGUGAGCAGUUACAGCUCUCGCAUGAUGCAAGUCUAGUCAGGCAUGAACGCCCCGUGCGCCGCAAACGGACCACAUCGAAACCCCUUUUCCCUGGAUGUUUGACCCUCGAUCUUGGCUUUCCGAGUGCAACAGCCAAAAAGCUGCGCAAGAGGAAGAUGAAAGAAGAGUGCGAGAUGACUAAAACAGUCAAGUCGAGAAGCGCCUGUUUGAGAUGUCGGUUUGAAAAGCAGAAGAUCAUUCUGAUUUGUUUAAGGCAUCGCACUGCCAGAGAAUUUGAAUAUUAA